CCGUCGAGCUUUAAGCCGCAGCUCGUCCGCCGCGCCCGGCUCGCUCGCGCAAUGUGAGGCGCCGCAGCGCCCGGUCCGCGAUGGAGCGCGCCCGGAUCUUCGUCGCGCUGGAUAUUCUGUGCCUGGUGGUCGCUGCUUUGCCCUUCAUCAUCCUCACCUUGGUGAAUUCUCCGUACAAGAGAGGCUUCUACUGUGAUGACACCUCCAUCCGCUACCCGUACAAGUCGGACACCAUCACUCACGGCGUGAUGGCUGGGGUGACCAUUCCCUGCACGAUCGUCAUCAUUUCGGCUGGAGAGGCUUACCUGGUCUAUACAGACCGCUUGUACUCUCGCUCGGAAUUCAACAAUUACCUGGCUGCCGUGUACAAGGUCGUUGGGACAUUCCUUUUUGGCAGCGCUGCCAGCCAAUCACUGACAGACCUCGCCAAGUACAUGGUUGGACGCCUGCGGCCCAACUUCCUGGCAGUCUGCGACCCGGAUUGGUCCAAGGUGAACUGCUCAGCUUACAAUCAUCUGGAAGACGUGUGCCGAGGCAACAUCAAGGACAUCACAGAGUCCAGGUUAUCUUUUUAUUCUGGGCACUCCUCGUUUGGAAUGUACUGUAUGAUGUUUUUAGCGCUCUACAUCCAGGCUCGGUUGGUGGGCCGAUGGGCCCGGCUGGUGCGUCCAACAAUCCAGUUUUUCCUCCUCUCCUUUGCUGUCUACGUGGGCUACAGCAGAGUCUCGGACUACAAACACCACUGGAGUGACGUGCUGGUUGGCUUCCUCCAGGGGGCACUCGUUGCUAUUCUCAUUGUCUGCUACGUCUCCGACUUCUUCAAACAACGUCCACCGUCGUCCUGUGCCAAGAUGGACGUUGGGCGCAAGGCAAGCGUUCCUCUCCCACUGAGCGAGCCGGAACACAAUCACUACAGCUAUCGAUCAGCCACUUGAACUCCUUUUGCAGCGGGGACGCGCCCUUCUGCCGGUCACCCGGAAGUGCCCCACCGGCUCUCUCCCCCUCAACCAGAGGUUGUAAAUUGUAAAUUGUUUUUGGACUCAAAGAGGAAUAUCUGUGGGGUAGUUGUCACACCUUUUUCUUUUACUACUUUUCUGAGGCGCCUUCUGCCCUGUCUCACUGCACGGUGCAGUUUUGCACUCUGGAAUUCAUGCGCACUGACCCCCCUGAUGUGAGGGGGAAGAGCUAAACUUUUCACAAGCCUCAUGCAUGCUCCAUGUCUCUUGAACAUUUGCUUUCCUCGUGCAAGCCCUGGAGACCCCAGAUGGCUCUGAUUUGUGUUUCAGACUCUCCCUUUUCUAGUUUUUGUGCUUUUAAUAGAAGCGUCACUUGCAGAUGUUGGAACGGUUUGAGUAUCCCAUGGGUCACUCAUUCCUGCGGCCUUAAGCUGCCAUUUUAAGUCACAAGACAAGUUGUCACCCCACUAAGUGCCUAACAAAUUAUUUGGUGAUACAAUGCACACAGGGCCCAGGCAUGGCACUUGCCCAAUUCCCUAGGGGGAGUAGCAAGCCCUGCCCCACAGCCCAUUCCACACCCCACGGAGGAAUGCACUGUGUUCUCUUCACUAGGAAGUUCCACACAUCUGCGGUGCUUCUUUGCCCCGAAUUAAAAUGCAGGCCGUUCCCAUGAACUGGGGUUCCACAGCAAUGGUGCUCCGUAGAAACAGUAUUGUAAAUAUUGGAAAGUUUAGAUAGGGACUGAAGCUAGGUUGGUUGAGCUGGCCGUUCCUCUCCACCACUUCUUUUCCAUAGCAGCCUCCCAAAAAUGCUGUGCCAGAGGGACAGGAAAAGCUUCCAGAUGGGUUUUGUGGGGAGGGGGCUGAUCCCUAACAUUUGGGCAGAGGGGCUUCUGCGAAAAGGCAGCAAGCAGACUCCCCCUCCCCUUUGCGGAAGGCAGAUCCUGCAUUCAACUCCAGGUAUGUAAACUUUACAGGAUAAUUUGGCUGCAAGCAAAAGGAGAAUUAGGUUGGCAAGUUUGACCCACUUUCAGCUGAGGGCUAAAUUCAACAGCAGAGUGGUUUUCCAGGGCUCUGUCCGGGAAUGGGCAGAGCAAGGGGGUGGGGGCAAAAACAGGGAAACUUGCAACCCAUUUUCGCUUAAAGCCGCUGACUGCAGUUAUUUAGAAUGGGUGUCAGGAAUGGAACAAAAGCUGGGAAAAUACAGAACACUAAGGUGGGUGCAGGGAAAGCUGGAGAGCCAAGAGAAAGGCGGCUAUGUAUAUCUGGAGGAUGCGAGAGUGAUUCCCCCUGCCGGGUCUGAAGUUCCAUACCCUGAUUUAAGGGUUCGCUCUGCUGACGGUGGUUGUCUUACCAAACAGCAAUUUCCUAUGGCUCAGCAUCAGGACUAAACUUUUGCAAUGGUGGAUUCUUUUUCAUGGAAAAUUCAGAGAAUUCAAUAAAGUGGAAGAAAAUGGA